UUACAGAGUAAGGUGUCCCGAAGAAGUUUUUCGUUUUCAGCCGAUCCCACGAAUAUCCUUGAUAACAUCAUGAUUCGAUAUGAUAAAAGAGUCAGACCAAACGCCGACACUGGCAAUCCAGUCAUCAUUCAUAUGACAAUAGUGCUCGGCAUUCUUACAGAAGUGAGGGAAAAUCAACAAGUCGCCAGUUUCGUAAUUUCCCACGUACAGCGCUGGCAUGACCCGAAGCUUCAGUGGGAGCCGGAAAAGUUCAAUGGCCUACGACAGGUAGUGAUGCCACAAAACCUCGUCUGGGUGCCCAAGUUAUUCAUCUACAACAGCAUGGACACGAAAGAUAUGCUCACUGAGGAUCGCUACGAUGUUCGAGUUCAACACACUGGCCACGUGAAGAUCAACAUUCCACAGUUUGUUACCACUCUUUGUAGGAUCGAUAUCGAUCUGUUUCCCUUCGAUACACAGUUUUGUGCAAUCGCAUUAGCAUCCCCGCUACUGUCGGUAGAAGAAAUGGACGUGAACGCAACACAACCGCCAAAAGACUCGUACUUCUCGGGAAAUGCUGAGUGGGAGGUGAUUAAUGUGACUGUGCGACAGAUGAAAUUCAUGGAAGAUGGUGAAUAUCGUGCUGAGGUGCAUUAUAUUCUACAUCUGAAUCGUCGUCCUAUCUACUACAUAACUGUCAUCGUUGUGCCGACAUUCCUUAUCUCGGCUCUCUCGAUUUUGGGAAUUUUCUCACCGGGAUCAAAUGACGGGCCGAGAAAUGAGAAGGUUUCCUUGGGACUUGGUUCUUUGCUAGCCAUGACGGUACUCCUAGACAUCGUUGCUGGUGCAAUGCCAAAAAGCAAUUCUAUACCUCUUUUAGGAUUCUACAUAAUCGUGGUGAUAAUGCUUUGCGCCAUUGGAGUCGCGAUUUCAAUGGCUUUGCUAGGGAUGUCACGUUCUUACAUCCAAACCGAACAACUACCAUCAAAGAUGGCUUACCAGUAUGCAUAUCAGAUGCUAGCUUUGACACCUACGAAAGCGAUCCCGCGGUUCCCUGAUCUAGCAGCCAUCUACACCCAGUUGACUGAAGUGUCUCGAGCUCAGCGGACAUAUAGAGAACGAGUGGAACGCACGCAGUGGAACUACCGGGUUGAGAAGGAAUGGAACAAAAUCUUUUCACGAAUCGACCAUAUAUUCCUUUUUCUUUUCCAAUCUGCUAAUGUAUUCGUUCUUCUGAUGUUUCUACGAUACGCUUUUAUUCCCGUGCCUGGGCUCCCAGAUGACUUUACCGUAUAA